AUGCUGGUGGCUGGGACUGUGUCGGUCAACUCCUCAGGUACCAGAUAACUCAACUCCCUAUGAAUUCAAACUUGUGGGCUUUGAUCUAAUGCUUUAAAACUGCAGUAAUCAAGAUUUUUGGUAUAAACAGAAAAUACUGACUGUAUGGAUUGAAAGUAUCUGCAUUAUCCAUCGAACACACGAAUUAUCACCGAACUCUUCAGUGUCCCUGAUCCUUAAAGAGCCUUUUAGUUUUUUAGCUCGUUGUUUUGUUUGUAAAUUUUACUUUUAAUGCUCCAUCUGUUUUUCCCAAAAUCUGUGAUACAACCAGCUCUGAAUGUAACAUUUUUGGCUGACAAAGCCUGGAAAAUGUUGUUGCUUCUUUAAAGUGCAUCCCUUGUCAGUGUUUAUUUGUCAACAUCAGUUAUUGCAGUAUUAAAAAUUUUGGUUCUGUUGCAGGGACACAAAUCUUACUGAAAGAUACCUCCAUCAUGCCAGACAUCCCCGGACUCCCUGCACUUCUCACCAUGCUCUUCACCCCUAUAAUGGAGCUAUGGUAAGCAGACUUAGAACAUUACAACCCAAAGAAAGUAAAAAAAAAAAAAAAAAGACUGCAGCAUUGAAAUUUUACUCCCCAUUUUCAUAGCACUAAUGAAGAAGGGACCUGCUACAUCGGCGCCCUCUGUGGCUUGGGCUGGAACAGCCAAACACAGAAGGGCAUCCUACCUGAGAAUGACAUUGAGCUCGCCUUCGAUGUCAAGUUUGAUGCUGAAGAUAUCAUCCAGGUAAGUCAUCACCAGGACGACUCCAGUGCAUUAAACUGUUUUACAAGUUAUAUGUCACCACAAGAAAUGAUAUGUUUUUUAAGCUUUACAGCUCUCUGAUGUUUUUCUGAAAGCAAAAAUAAUCCGUGAAGGAAAACAAGCACAGAGUAAAAACUAACAUCAACACCAGUUUUUGAUCAAGCUGUACUUUGUGGUACUGGCUCUGGCAUUUUAAUGAUCAGCAUGUUUUACUGCAGGGCUCUCACAUCAUGAAUCACUCUCUUUUUGUAUUACUGAUUGGUUAUUAAUUUCUUUGGCUCUCUUUAGAUCAACGCCUUGCGAGCGGCUAUAAACCGUCUGGUGUGUGAAGGUGUCAACGGCACUCUACAUCUGGGGCCCAACAAGAUCGCCCAGCUGCAGGAGGACUGCCAGGACCGCCUCAUCGGGUAGCAAACACAGAGCCACUGAAAACAGUCAUUAACAGUAUGAAUAAGAAAUGUUCAGUAUGUUUUUAUUAUGCCUUUCAGACUUUUCACCAAGUCUCCACCCAGAGAAGCUGUCACCCCUAUGGAGAAAUACCUGAUGUGGAAUCAGGUAUACACACAAUAGGGCUCCUUUUCUGUACUGUAGAUUGUCGCUUUUGUUGCUCGUUAUCCCCGCCCAUUGUUUGAUGAGUACAUUUAAACCAAGUUUAAAAGAAACUCUGUGUGUGUGUGUGUGUGUGUGUGUGUGUGUGUGUGUGUGUGUGUGUGUGUGUGUGUGUGUGUGUGUGUGUGUGUGUGUGGAACCUGCUGGCGGAUCCUGCUCUGGAGGAGCUCAAUGUUGAGCCUGGAAGCACAGGGACCAGAGAUGUUCUCUUCCAGCUACAUCCUUUUACCCCCCUCAACAGCUAA